UCUUUGUAUCGUUGUAUCCCUUUAAAUCUUCUUAUAUUCAGUCUUGCUGUUUUGUUUCAGCAAGUUCAUCAUAUCGUGAAUGAUGCCCUGAAGCGCUACAGUGAAGAUCGCAUUGGAAUGGUUGAUUAUGCCCUUGAAUCUGGAGGGGCCAGUGUUAUCAGCACUCGUUGUUCAGAAACCUAUGAAACCAAGACUGCACUUCUUAGUCUUUUUGGCAUACCAUUGUGGUAUCACUCCCAGUCUCCAAGGGUCAUUCUACAGCCAGAUGUCUAUCCUGGAAAUUGUUGGGCCUUCCAAGGCUCCCAAGGUUUUGCUGUCAUUCGCCUUUCAAGCAGGAUCCAUCCCACUGCUGUGACGUUAGAGCAUAUCUCCAAGUCGCUUUCCCCCAGGGGAACUAUUCCCAGCGCCCCCAAGGACAUUGCAGUCUUU